AUGAAUGAGCUUGCGAUCCCCAAGAAGGCAACAAAGCACCAGUUCCCAUAUGAGGAGGUUGUUCUCAAGGAGAAGAGUGAAAGAUAUCCAAUGUGGGUGAAUUACGAUGGAUUGAUCAUACUAGAGACAUUUCGGGAGUCCUCUCGCCAAGCUAGUGACUUUCUGAUAGCUAUUGCAGAGCCCAUGAGCAGGCCUCUCAGAGUGCAUGAAUUCCAAAUCACAGCAUACUCUCUGUAUGCUGCAGUCAGUGUUGGGUUGACGACUGGAGACAUCAUCGAGACGCUGGAUCGGUUUUCCAAGAACCAUCUCCCGAGGUCUGUUAAGGUGUUUAUCACUGAAUGCACACUGAGUUAUGGGAAAGUGAAGCUUGUCAUGAAGGAAAACAGCUUUUUUCUAGAGGCUGCAAAUGAGUCUGUGUACAAGAUAUUGUCUGAGGAUACUGUGAUAAGAUCACACACCGUCGGUGGUCCUAAGGAAAAAGGAGGCCUGUCGAUUGAAGUUGAGAAUGUAGAGAUGGUGAAGAAGCGAUGCAUUGAGGUUGAUUAUCCGUUGAUUGAGGAAUACGACUUCAGGAAUGACAAUGUGCUUCGGAGCCUCAAGAUAGACCUGAAGCCUACCACAAUCAUUCGGUCUUACCAAGAGAUAUGUCUCAACAAGAUGUUUGGAAAUGGAAGAGCAAGAUCUGGAAUAAUUGUAUUGCCUUGUGGAUCUGGAAAGACCAUUGUUGGGAUCACAGCAAUAAGUACGAUCAAGAAGAGCUGCCUAGUGCUGUGCACGUCUGCAGUGUCCGUUGAGCAAUGGAGGCAGCAAACGCAACAGUUCACAAACAUAUCCCCUGAUAAUGUAGGAAGGUUUACUUCUGAUCACAAAGAGUGGCCAAGGGAUGACUGCGGGAUAGUUGUUACAACAUAUACGAUGCUUGCAUAUACAGGAAAGCGAUCCUACGAGGCGCAAAAGAUCAUGGAUCUUAUACGAAAGACCGAAUGGGGAUUGCUUGUCCUUGAUGAGGUUCAUGUUGUACCUGCAAUGAUGUUUAGGAGAGUUCUGUCACUGGUGUCUCAUCACUGCAAGCUUGGGCUUACUGCAACUCUUGUAAGAGAGGAUGAUAAAAUUGAAGAUCUGAACUUCUUAAUUGGACCCAAGCUCUAUGAAGCUGACUGGCAGGAUCUGAGUGCUAAGGGGCACAUAGCCAAGGUGUCAUGUGUAGAGGUAUGGUGCGGGAUGACCGGGGAUUUCUACAGAGAGUAUCUCUCUCAGCCGACCCGGAGAAGAAGGCUUCUAUCUAUAAUGAAUCCGACGAAAUUUCAGGUGUGUGAGUACUUGAUAAAUAAGCAUGAAAGUAGGGGGGACAAGAUCAUUGUUUUUUCUGACAGUGUAUAUGCGCUGAAGGCAUAUGCUCUGAAGCUUGGAAAGCCAUUUAUUUACGGGCCUACAGGGCAAACAGAAAGGAUGAGGAUUCUGAAGCAAUUCCAGACAAAUCCGGUCAUCAACACGAUAUUUUUGAGUAAGGUUGGAGACACAUCGAUAGAUCUUCCUGAGGCAACAUGCCUGAUACAGAUAAGUAGCCACUUUGGAAGCCGAAGGCAGGAAGCGCAAAGACUUGGAAGAAUUCUCAGGGCAAAAAGGAGAAAUGACCCCGACUUCAGGGUCUAUUUCUACUCUCUGGUGAGCAAGGACACUGAUGAGAUGUUCUACUCGAGCAAAAGACAGCAGUUCUUAAUAGACCAAGGAUACACAUUCACAAUACUUACAGACAUACCCGAGGUACAUGAAAACGAACAUUGUGUAUACAAGACAAAAGGGCAGCAAAGAGAAUUACUGGCAGGGGUGCUGCUUGCGUCUGAAAAGGAGCUAGAAAGUGAGGAAAGCGGCAGCGAAGAGGGAGUUGUAUAUAACACAGCAAAGCUGAAGAACCUUAGUGGUGCUGACGAGAUGGCCUAUAUUGAAAGAAAGGCUCCGCAGCGUCACACUCUUACCAAGAACGGCAGGAAGAAUAGGAAAUUGAAUCCAAAGCCUUAG